AAUAAAAAAUCAUUGGAAUCCCGUGUCGUAAAAUAAAAAUUGACAGAGGAACACAGUUAUGCACAAUUAUGAAAACAACAUUACUCUUAGACACUCAUUGCUUUUACAUCUACACAAUCAAUAUCGAUUUUACAAUGCAUCUCUUACCAUUAGCAUUGCUGCUGCUGCGCCUAUUAGCUAAUCACCGAGUUUGUAAAGACCCGAGCAGCCUCAGUCGGUUGCCGAUGCCCUGGGGAGCAGAAGUCAGUGGCUUAUUUUAAGUGAGAGCAUGGCGUGGUUUCAUCCUCGCCCCACUACUUUAUAGUCUCAAACAGUGUAAUUCCUCUUUUCAGUCUGAAAAAAUCCAGUGCAAUGCAAACUUGUACCCGUGUGCAUAUUUUCACAGUGGUAGAUUAAAUCCUCUGCAUCACGAUGUCUGUGGAAGAAGGGAAAAAUAACCUAGGGAAACUCAGAUGCUCAAACAUUUUCUGGACAGUAUUUCCGCACGUUAGUUUAAUCCUCUCUCUGGUGUGCUACGCAGCGCUCGGGGCUUUGUUGUUCCGACACUUGGAGGGCAAACGAGUUCCAGACGGUGACUACGACAGAUAUCUGGACGAACUCUGGGAUUUAUUUAAUAACACGAAAUUAAAUGCAACGGAGUUUAGAGGUCAGUUGAAAGAAAAGAUUGCAAAUGGUUUUAGAUUGGAAUGGCUUCAAAACCCUGACCAAUGGACAUUUACUGGUUCCCUUUUCUUCUGCUGCACAGUGUUUACUACAAUAGGUUACGGUCAUAUCUACCCCCUGACUACUCCAGGGAAAGUUGUGUGCAUGCUGUAUGCCAUGGUUGGCAUUCCUCUCAUGCUUCUGGUCCUUACGGAUGUGGGAGACCUGCUUGCGCUGCUCCUGUCCAAUUCCUACAAGAGACUGCGCAGGCUGAGCAGAAAACACCUGUGCUUCAAACCUUUCUGGGUGGAUCCGAAAACCCCUGAUGAUGCCCCCCCAUCCAGGUACACCUUGAACGGGGAGCUGGAGAUAAAGGGACCUUUAGAAAUCACACAGGUGCUGAAGGCCCAGUCCUCUGUCAAACGCAAGUCCCUGCAGCUCCGCAACGCCGAAAUCUUCAACAAGAUCAUCGCCAUGGAGAACCUUCCGCUCGUCCAGCUGAAAAGGAGCAUGUCUUGUCCACAGUUGGACCAGCUUCCCCCGUCCAAAAGCAUCCCAGCUUUUACAGGAAUAGGUGAAGAACUUGACAAGCUGAACGUGCCAAUGACACUGAUUGUAGUGGUUGUGUUUGCCUAUAUCCUCUUCGGAGCAUGCGUCCUGCCGAAUUGGGAGACAGAGUGGAAACCAUUUGAUGCCUUUUACUUUUGUUUCAUCACCUUGACUACAAUCGGCUUUGGAGAUCUAGUGCCGAGCCAUCCCAACUUCUUUAUGCUGACCUCUUUGUUUAUCAUCGUUGGGAUGACCAUUAUGUCAAUGGCGUUUAAACUGGGACAGUCCAGGAUAGUCAGUUGCUAUAGGAAGCUUAUUCAAUGCAUUAGUGGUGGUAUGGUGAAAGAGUACUGAACAAAUGUAGUCUUCAAAUGCAUGAACAGUCUGAGAUUGCUUGCAAACUUAACCCUGUCUAGCCAAUACAUAUCUGUUAAAACAAUAUCAUUAUAUCUGGCAUUGCUCUCUGUAUAGUACAUUCUGUAAGGUCAUAUACACUGUACAUGUUUUAUGAUGGACAGUAUUUUUAGUAAAGUGUUAUUUACUUGUUUUAACUUGAAUGUUGGGCUUAAACUCAGGCUUUAGCUAGUUAAUUAAAAGGCAAAAUCUGUUCAGUGUUAAGAAAAUCCUAGUAUAACUUGAAGGAACUGUGCUUCGUAAAAGAAUGUCAGAAGAGAAUACCUGAAGUGGAUGUUGAAGUAUUACAUUAUGCCUCUUCAAUUACCAUCGCCACAAGCCAUUCAAUCCUGAGCCUGUUUCAAGCACAGAUUGUGCUGAGUUAUAUGGUGAGUUUGUGACCCAAUACCCCGUUUACACUAGCACACCCGUACCGUGAGGGCUCCACGCCCUCACGGUACGGGUGUGUUUACACUAGCAAAUAACCGAGCCGAGCCGGAACCAAGCCGUGAAACUCCAGCCCUGCAACAUAUCUGAAUCUGGCUCGGGGCCGAAGCAGGCUGUGGGCGGAGUUACUGCAUUUCGUCAUCACGCUCAAGCGUCAUUACAAGGAAAAGUGGCAAAGCCCAGGACCACAACCGGUAAAUGUUUUCAUAACUCCUUACCUUUACGCCGCGGGACACAACACACAUCUGACUAAAAUACUAAAUAAAAUAACCCCCUCUCUAUAAUACGCAUAUAGUGAAUCAAAAAUGUUACUUUCCGUGAAUUAACCAUGCAUAAAGCACAAUGUAAUCAACGCUAUAUUUUUUACCAAAAAAAAAAAAAAAAAAGGUAACAUUCCCACUCGUGGAUCGCAGUUUGAUUGCAGUUUGUAAACUAUAAAUAGCCUGGCUAAACAGUGGUCGGGAGUUCAGUUUGAAGCGGCAGACAACCAAACCAACAAAGUGCCAGAAGGAGAGCGGGUAGUGAGAAGGGAAGAGGGAAUGGGAUCGCCCCAGGUUCGACUGCCAGAGCGGGGCUGAAGCGUCUUGUCUCCCGGAGAAAGCUGCAGCUCCUCUCGCAGCAAAAAAAUAUUUAUUUAGUUAUAAAACGAAUGCUGAAUAAGACGUCUGUGUUAUAAAGUGCCAGCGCAGCAUUUCUUCAGUUCAGAUACUGUAUCAAAAGGGAGAGACAGAAACGAAAGUUACACUGAUAAGUUGUUUACAGUUUGAACACCGGUACUGUAUUUACAGUAGAAAUAUUGCACUUGUAUAGGGAAUUGUAUUUCAA